AUGGAUAUGAUUGGUAGGGUUGAUGUGCUUCAUGGGAUUGAUGAUGAGACUGAAGACUUUCCUAAAGUUGAUGUGAUUGAAGACAUUCCUAAAAAGAUUGGAAAAUUGAUACAUUUGAGAUAUGUUAAUUUGAUAGAACUGAAAAUGAGAAAACUUCCUGAAGAAUUAUGUGGAUUACAUAAUUUGCAAACUUUAGACAUUACAGGUUGUAGAGAAUUGGAGGAAUUACCUCAAGGGAUUGGAAAAUUAAUAAAUCUAAGGCAUCCAGAAAAUUAUAAGGUUCAAUCUUUAAGAUUCAUGCCAAUAGGAAUUCAAAGAUUGAUUAAUCUCCGAACCUUAAAAAAAUUCGUUGUUGGUAAUGACAAUAAAACAUGUAGCCUUGAAGGUUUGAAAUACCUUAACAUAUUCGGAGAGUUGCGUUUAUCAAAGUUGGGAAAUGUAUCAAAUGAGGAUGAAGCUAGAAGAACAGAGCUCAAGAAUAAGAAAAACCUCCUUGAUUUAUCUCUGGAUUUCGAAAAAGAUGAAGGAGAGAGGACGAAUGAGGAUGAUGAAACACUUCUUGAAAUCUUACAACCACCUUUAAAUUUGGAGAAAUUACAGAUAGGGCAUUACAGAGGCAAUACUAUUUUGCCUAACUGGAUGAUGUCCUUAACCAAGCUCAAGGGCUUAUCACUCUAUAACUACAUAAACUACAAUUAUUUUCCUCUCUUGGGAAAAUUGCUAUCCCUUGAAUCUUUGGCUAUAAGUCGGAUGGACAAUGUGAAAAGAGUUAGUAAUGAAUUUUUGAGAAUAGAAAGUGAUGGAACAUCUUGA